AUGUUAUUUCCAAACAGAACCAAUGUCCACCCAGCUACUUUCCUCCUCCUUGGAAUCCCAGGGCUGGAGGCUGCUCAUGUCUGGAUCUCCAUCCCUUUUUGCCUGGUCUAUCUCCUGGCUGUAAUGGGAAAUUGUGUCCUUGUAUUCAUCAUCAAGACACAGCCCAGUCUUCAUGAACCCAUGUAUCUCUUCCUCUGCAUGCUCUCUGUGAAUGACCUGAUGCUUUGCACCACUGUGGUUCCCAAGAUUCUCAGUAUCUUCUGGUUCGAUGACAGAGAAAUCAACUUUAAAGCUUGCCUCAUCCAGAUAUUUUUCAUCCACUCUUUGUCCACCAUGGAGUCGGGAUUCCUGUUGGCUAUGGCCUUUGACCGAUAUGUGGCCAUCUGCAACCCUCUGAGGCAUUCCACCAUCCUGACACAUGGAGUGAUCAUGGCUUUGAGUCUGGCUAUUGUCCUACGUGGCGUUAUCCUGCUGACUCCACAUCCUUUCUUACUGAUGAGGCUUCCCUAUUGCAAAACCAACAUCAUUGCCCACACCUACUGUGAAUUUAUGGCCCUGAUCAAACUGGCCUGUGCUAAUACCAGGGUCCACAGAUUAUAUGGCUUAAUUCUUGCCUUCCUUACUGGUGGGCUGGACUUCAUAAUGAUAAUCUGCUCUUACAUUCUCAUUUUUCAUGCUGUGUUUCGUCUCCCAUCAAAGGAGGCCAGACUCAAGACCUUGAGCACAUGUGGCUCACAUGUUUGGGUCAUCUUAGUGUUUUAUAUACCUGCCUUUUUCUCCUUUAUCACCCACAGAUUUGGUCAUAACAUAGCUCCACACAUCCACAUCCUUAUAGCCAACAUUUAUCUUCUGAUUCCUCCUAUGAUGAACCCUAUCAUCUAUGGUGUUAAAACCAAAAUUAUCCGGGAAAAUAUUCUUAAAGUACUCACAAAUAUGUAUGUUUGA